ACACUUACUAAGGCGGUUGGACUACCAAAGCUCUGGACUCAACUCGAUACUGCUUCUCAGAACGGCGACAUAAUCGCUUUCUCACUCCUGGGCAUACGACAAAUAGGUCAAUAUGGUCAGAAACAUUGUUGUGAUUUCAGGCAAUUCGCAUCCACGUCUAGUAGACAACGUUUGCAGCCUCCUGGGGAUAGCACCUGGGGACCGCAUACUGAGUAAGUUUUCAGGCGGAGAGAGCAGAUGCGAAAUCCAAGAUUCUGUGCGAGGGAAAGAUGUAUUCAUCAUACAAUCCGGCGGAGGCGCCGUCAAUGAUCACAUGAUCGAGCUGUGUAUAAUGCUAUCUGCAUGCAAAACUGGUUCAGCAAAGAGGGUGACGGCAAUCAUGCCACUGUUCCCCUACUCUCGCCAGCCAGACUUGCCAUACCGCAAGGCGGGAGCUCCUCUGUCUAAACCUGCGGCCGAUAUACCAAAGGACAAGUACACCUUCGAGAGCGUACCGCCUACACCAGGCCCAGGUACAGCGAGAAGUCUAGGUCUAAAUCAUGGCUCGGAUCUGCAUAGAAUGCUCAGCAAAGCAUCGGCGUCACUGUCGAGCGACAGGCGAACACACAGAUCCCACUCGAACUCGGUUACCUCUCAACCAGGGUCUUUCACGAAGCACGACUACGAAAACAACCCAGCCUCUGACGUAGUGUUCGAAGCUAAGCCUGGUUACAAACGCUGGGUCGCUCAGGCAGGAACCCUCGUAGCCGAUCUCCUUACUUGUGCGGGGGCUGACCAUGUGGUCGCUCUGGACUUGCACGACCCUCAAUAUCAAGGGUUCUUCGACAUACCAAUGGACAACUUGUAUGCUCGGCCACUCCUCACUCAAUACAUUCAACGGAACAUCCCAAAUUACAAGGAAGCAAUCAUUGUUAGUCCUGAUGCGGGAGGGGCUAAGCGCGCAACAAUCAUAGCCGAUUCCUUGGGCAUGGAAUUUGCCCUGAUUCACAAGGAACGACGUCCCACCAAGAUCACUGAUCGCCAGAACGCAACCAUGAUGCUCGUGGGAUCAGUGGCCAACCGUGUGUGCAUUCUGAUUGAUGACUUGGCAGACACGGCCAACACUAUUACACGCGCAGCGAAGCUGGUGCGGCGCGAAGGCGCUACAUCCGUGUAUGCGUUGCUUUCUCAUGGCGUCUUUAGCGGUGAUGCCCUCCACCGCAUCAAUGCGUCCGCUAUUGACAAGAUUGUCGUAACCAAUUCGGUGCCUCAGGAGGAAAACAGGGCCAUUUGUCCCAAGAUUGAAGUUCUAGACAUUGCCCCCAUGUUUGCAGAAGUCAUCCGACGCAUUCACCACGGCGAGAGUCUCAGUAGUCUGUUUCACUUUGCCUAAUACUCUUUAUUACAGCCAAUAGAGAUACGCUACAGAUGGAUGUCACUGGGACAGAUUGAUUGGCCCUGUCGGACAUACAUGCGUUUCUGCAUAUAGCCGCC